CCAGGAUGUAUUUUCACUCACAUGGUUGCCCGUUCACUACCAGUUGUGUGAGGACCUGAGGCGUGAGCCGGCAACGAUGGCUGAGGAUGUGACUGUGUCAGAGGAGACAUUGACAAGUGGUCUGACUCUGUUGGUCAACUUGGGCAAUGUUAUCCUCCAGAAAGCCAAGCAGGAUGCAGAAGCCUCCCUGGAGAAUUUUGUCCCACAUAAGAUCACCACUUUAUUUGGCCUGAUGACAGCAGGAACAGACUUCUACAAAAGCAUCGGAGUGAAGAAGAAGAGUGAAGCAGAGGCCGUUUGGCAGAAGUCUUACCACUGUGCAGCAGUGAGAGAGAAGGUGGAGGAGCUGCUGCAGCUGGAGAGUGAGUGGGACUCCUUCCUGGAGAGUGUGGACAGAGACCUGCAGACAACAGACGGACAGCUCUCAGGAGUGAAGAGCGCCGACAGUCUGAGCCCUGAAACUCCAUUCACUGAUGGACGGAGUGGGAAGAGUGUGACUCUGGGUGACUACCUGGGUCAGGGUCAGAAGCUGCUGCUGGUCCUCAUCAGACACUUUGGAUGACUGCCGUGACGAGACCACGUGGCCGAGCUGCAGGCCAGUCAGACUGUCCUGGAGGCUCGGUCACUGCAGGUCUUGGUGGUUUCGUUCGGCAGUUUUGAGGGAGCUCAGUUGUGGCUGGAGCAGACUGGAUGUACCUUUGACAUGCUGCUGGAUCCACAGAGAAAGGUCUACAGGAGUUUUGGCCUCGGCUCGUCCUACGCCAAGGUGAUGAAGUUCGGCUGCCUGCUGCAGUACUCAGAGUACGGAGCUGUGAACAGAGAUUUCCCCGACUUCCCUCCUCGCCUGCUGGAAGACAUCUACCAGAUGGGAGGUGACUUUUUGCUGGAUGAAGCAGGGAAGGUGCUUCUCUCUCACCCGUGUAAAAACCCUCUGGACAGGCCGACUGUGAAGGACUUCCUGCGGGUCGUGGACGCUGCCGGCUGCUCCGCCGACCUGUAGAAACAUCAGUAUGUGGACUAAAAGCUGUGAGCGCUUGCAGACUCACAGCCUGGCUUGAUUUAACACAUCACUGACACCACAGAGGAAGAGCAGCUCUUUGACUCACGUUAGUGACGUCACGUCUCGCACUCAUGACGCCAUGAAGAGGUGUGACUGAUGGAAAACUGUGCGACAAAGACAACUGCUCUUCUUUGUUGUGUCAGUGCUGUGAUGGUAACAUUUUAAAAUGAGUAGAACUAAUGUAAUUUUAUAUUAUAUGAGUUUUAUUUAACUUGAAAAGAACACUCAGAUUUACUCAGAUCUAUAAUAUUAGACUCUAUAGCUUUUAAAGCUUUAUUUAGAAGCUGCAUUGAGCUGCUUUGGAUAAUGGCGGCUCCCAGUGGCAGUGAGAGGUAACAUUACUAUUAACUUAGGAAGUAUACAGUAAAAUUUAAUGAUAACUACAUUACCCAGAAAUCAUGCUACAUGAUGUUACCUUUGUCUACUUGAACUAAUUUUCCUCCAUGUGGUUGAUCAACCACAACCUGCAUCUUUUGAUGCAGAUACAUUUUCAGAUAAAAAUCUUUUCUACUUGAAGAUUUACUGUAGGAGAAAAAAAGAUAAAACUGCUGUUUGAUCGUUUGA